CGCGCAUAGACCGCCUCUGCUGGCAACCGCAGGCCGCAGACACCUGACCUUCGCGUGCCGUCCGUGCGCGCCGAGAGUCGGCUGCUCCACCCGCUUGCCACAAUGGACCCGUCUCACGACCAAAAUGCCGCGGCCGCGCCCGGUGGCGUCGACGAGAACGGCGCACUGGCGCCGAUGGAGAUCGACGAGCCGGUGUCGGUCCUUGAUCGUGCGUGCCUGCCGCUGCUGCUGCGCUGCCGAAGCCACCGAGCUGACCGAGUCUCUCCUUUGCGUGCCUUCAGACCGGGCAUUUGCGGCCAAGCACCUGGCAGAUCUCGGGCAAGAGGAGGAUGCGUUUGAGGUCUGCCACUGGGAGGUCAAGAGCUGGCGCUCGCUCGAGAAGCGCCUGACGGGCCCAGAGUUCGAGUGUGGAGGGCACCGAUGGCGCAUCCUGCUGUUCCCGUUCGGCAACUCGAACGGCCAGCCAAACGACAUGGUCUCGGUGUACCUUGACUACGCCAACCCGAAGGACCGGCCUGAGGGCUGGCACGUGUGCGCGCAGUUCGCACUCGUGAUCUCCAAUCUACACGACCCGACCAUUGCCUCGACCUCGCAGGCGCACCACCGCUUCACGGCCGAGGAGAUGGACUGGGGCUUCACGCGCUUCAACGAGCUGCGCAAGCUCAUCUCGCCGGGCGAUGGGCGCCAGCACCCGAUCAUCGAGGCCGACGGCGCGCGCAUCACUGCGUUUGUGCGCGUGCUGAAGGACCCGACGGGCGUGCUGUGGCACAACUUCAUCAACUACGACUCGAAGAAGGAGACGGGCUACGUGGGCCUCAAGAACCAGGGCGCGACGUGCUACAUGAACUCGCUGCUGCAGUCCCUCUUCUGCACGCACUACUUCCGAAGGGCCGUGUAUCAAAUCCCGACAGAGAACGACGUGCCGUCGGAGAGCGUGGCGCUGGCGCUGCAGCGCGUCUUCUACCUGCUGCAGAGCUCGGACCAGCCCGUGGGCACCAACGAGCUCACCAAAAGCUUCGGCUGGAAGAGCCUCGACUCGUUCAUGCAGCACGACGUGCAGGAGUUCAACCGCGUGCUGCAGGAGAAGCUCGAGGGCAAGAUGAAGGGCACCGACGCCGACGGCGCCAUCACGCGGCUCUUUGUCGGCCGCAUGAAGAGCUACCUGCGCUGCGUCAACGUCGACUACGAGAGCGCGCGCUCCGAGGACUUCUACGACAUCCAGCUCAACGUCAAGGGCAUGGCAAACCUGCGCGAGUCGUUCAAGGACUACAUCCAGGUCGAGACGCUCGAGGGCGAGAACCGAUACCAGGCCGAGGGCCACGGGCUGCAGGAUGCGCGCAAGGGCGUCAUCUUCGAGCGCUUCCCGCCCGUGCUGCACCUGCAGCUGAAGCGCUUCGAGUACGACAUUGAGAAGGACGCCAUGGUCAAGAUCAACGACCGGCACGAGUUCCCGCUCGAGAUCGACCUGGCCGAGUUCCUCGACCGCGACUCGCCCGUCAAGGGCGAGGACUGGCGCUACUCGCUGCACGGCGUGCUCGUGCACAGCGGCGACCUGCACGGCGGCCACUACUUUGCGCUCCUCAAGCCCGAGCGCGACGGGCGCUGGUUCAAGUUUGACGACGACCGCGUCACGCCCGUGACGGACAAGGAGGUGCUGGAGGACAACUACGGCGGCGAGAUCCCCAACGGCCACCUCGGCGGCCAGAUUGGCGCGCGCGCGCCCGUGCGCGCCAUGAAGCGCUUCACCAACGCCUACAUGCUGGUGUAUGUGCGCGACACGUCGGCGCCCGAGGUCCUGAAGCCCUUCACCAUCGAGGACACGCCGGCGCACCUGCGCGAGCGCCUCGAGGAGGAGCGCCUGCAGCUCGAGGCGCGCAAGCGCGAGCGCGAGGAGCAGCACCUGUACCUGACGGUCAAGCUCAUCACCGAGGACACGUUCAAGGGCCACCAGGGCUUCGAUCUGGCGACGUUUGAGGAGCGCAACCUGCCCGCGUCGGAGCUGCCGUCGUUCCGCGUGCUGAAGAGCGACCUGUACCUCAACUUCAAGGCCCGGCUGGCGCAGCAGUACAACCUCUCCGAGGACCAGAUGCGCCUCUGGGUGCUCGUGAACCGGCAGAACAAGACGGUGCGGCCCGACACGGUGAUCCCCGAGACGGACCCCAACCUCACGCUCGAGACGGUGCGCGACCGCAUGGCGUCGCGGCAGAACGACCUGCGCCUCUACCUCGAGGUGCUCUCGCCCGACGUGAAUUACAACGACACAGCCAGCCCGCCGCUGAUGAUCUUCCUCAAGUACUUUGACGUGACGCGCCAGACGCUCACGGGCCAGGGGCGCGUCUACGUGCAGCGCAGCAUGAAGGUCUCGGAGCUCGUGCCCACGAUCAACCAGCUCAUGCGCUGGCCGCCGACGGUGCAGGUGCGCCUCUACGAGGAGAUCAAGCCGGGCAUGAUCGAGCAGAUGAAGCCCAAGGCGACGUUCCAGCAGUCGGAGAUCCAGGAUGGCGACGUCAUCUGCUUCCAGUCCGAGAUGUCGGACAAGGACGCACACGACUACGAGGCGCAGUCGCUCUACUCGAACCCGAUCCAGUUCUACGACUUCCUGCAGAACCAGAUCAAGGUGCUCUUCAAGCCGCGCUCCGACGAGUACGACUACAAGGGCGAGUUUGAGAUUACGCUCAGCAAGAAGAUGACGUACGACAUGAUGGCGGCCAAGUUCGCCGAGCGGCUGAAGCACGACCCGCUGAAGCUGCGCUUCACGACGGCCAACGGGCCCAACGGCACGCCCAAGACGGUGCUCAAGCGCACCGCCAACCAGACGGUCAACGAGAUCGUGUCGCCGAGCUACAUCCAGGGCCAGGCCUCGCUGCUCUACUACGAGAAGCUCGACGUGAGCAUCGUGGAGCUCGAGACAAAACGGAGCCUCAAGAUCUGGUGGACGGGCGCGCACAACAAGGAGGAGGCCGCGCACUCGUUCCUGCUGCCCAAGACGACGUCGUUCAACGACGUGUCGGAGCAGCUGGCAAAGCUCGUGACGCUCGACGAGGGCGGCUCGCGCACGAUCCGCAUCUUCGAGGUCGUCGCCGGCGGGCGGCAGCAGCGCGCCAUGAGCGGCACGGACAUGAUCGGCAACGUGUCCGAGUCCGUCGAGCUGUUCGGCGAGGAGGUGCCGCUGGACGAGCUGCACGCGGGCGAGGAGGACAAGAUCAUCAACGUCUUCCACUUCUCCAAGGAAGCGCACCGCACCCACGGCGUGCCGUUCAAGUUCGUCGUGCGCCCCAACGAGCCGUUCACCGAGACAAAAAAGCGGAUACAGGCGCGCCUCGCCGUGGCGGACAAGGACUUUGCCAAGUUCCGCUUCGCCCUCGUGCAGUCGAGCGGGUACAAGCAGCCGUCGUACCUGGAGGACUCGGACGUCAUGUGAGUGUGCCAGAGAGGCGGUGCUGAGGAGAGCAAGUCAAAGCGGCGAGGUGCGGGCUUGGCCCCCUGCUGGCGCCGUCGUUCUUAUGCGACGCAGACCAGCGGAGCAGCAUGUGUAGUGCUGCGCUGCACCUGUCAUCGAUGACAUGCCAGUCUUGCGCGGCACAUGACCUCUCCUGCGCUGUGACCGCUCUGUCUCUUCUGCAAAGGCUGACCUCUCGCCCCGCAGCUAC